AGAGAGGCGGUGGUCGGGAGUGCGCGGCGGUCAGAUCUGCUCCUCCGGUCCUCCCGCCAUCGAUUUCAUAGAUCUACAAAGCUUCUGUUACUCUUAGCCUUGCCUCAAGACGUCAAAAUCUCGGAUGGAAAAGAUUAGAUCUACUAAGGAAGGGUUACGGAAGGGAUGGCGACAAGAAGAACCAGAGAAGUCAUCCGAUGGUGCCAGAGAGUCGGCGACAGCGGUGGUAAAGAAUCGCCGGCGGUGGGGCCUUUCGACGGCGAGGGGGUAGCGGCGGCAGGGGCUAUCGAAGGCGAGGGGGCAGCGGCGGUAGGGGCUUUCGGCGGCGAGGGGACAGCGGCAUCAGGGGCUAUCGAAGGACGAAUGAGCUUGGGGUUACGUUUGUUGAGUUUUUCUGCUGCGAGUGUUGGCGAUUGAAGCGAGGACGAGGAGUUUCUUUUUUCUCCUUUUGGACCGUUCUCUACUUCUCUAUCGGUUUUCAUGCUCUUGAUCUCUAGAAAAAACAAAGACAAAUGCAACUUUCCCGUUCUUUAAUCAUGCACAUAUUUUUUUUAGAAGAGAGAGAUUAUAGGUUUUUUUGGAAAGAAAGAGAGGGAUAUUGG